AGGAGUUUCUAACAACUUUCAAGUACAAAUUUCAAGUUGUAUAUUUCUUGUGAUGCAUUAUAGGUUUUUUCUAUUAAAACCAGCGAUUUUAUUUAACCAGUAAGUAAUAACUAGAGAAUCGCACACCGCCCAAGCAAGUGAAAAGAAUGCAGUUUCCCCUAGUCCUGUUCUCGCUGCCGUUCGUUGCCCAUGUGGGACAACUUGUCCACGGCGCGUCCGUCAGACUUGUCAGUAACAACUUGGAACUGAAUGGUACAGCGGAACUAAUUUUUCACGAAGCGAAGGAGAGGGUUUGGGCUGGAUUAUCCAAUGACCAUCGCUACCCUAUCAUCAACAGCGGAGACCGGAUGGCGCUGAAGAUGUCGUACACUUUCGGCAACUACCUGGACUCUUAUAUGUUCUGCUACACAAACUCUUGUUACCGAGAUAGUUGCCCUGGAGACACUGUGAUUAAGUCAAACAAGUGGUCGAAGUGUAGACAUCUGACGUAUUACAUUCGAGCGAUCGGCAAGUCGGACGGCCAGCCAAUCAACAGCGGAGACAUGGUUUACAUCUCAUCUGGACACUAUGGCAACAGCUACCGUCUUCGAUGCACUUCAUCUACCUCUGACGGGUGCAGAUUCAAGUCCAUCAGCGACAUUGCAUUCCAAGGCAACAACUGGUUCGCGUACAGCUUCGCCCUUUUCCAGAUCUUCUCCCGCCGAUCAGAUGACGGCACCCCAGUGCAGUACGGCGACAUAGUGGGGUUCCGCUACCCUUAUGUCUACGCGGAUCGCUGGCUUACCUAUGGAGGGUAUAGUAGAUGGUACCCUCUAAGCUGCAGUAACAACAACAAGCAGUCGUGUGCCAGGGAGAACUCCCCAACGGGCUUCCAGAUCUUCAAGCCUCUGUAAAACAGUUCAGAGACCACGAUGGAACCUAAGAUAAUAUAAAGCUGAACUAUAACAAGGGUAAAAAAAAUUAAAAGGAUAGUAAUAAAUCACAUUGCCGAGAUCUCAAUAAAAUAACGCUAAAAAGCAA